AUGAGGAGGAGAAGGAGCCAAGGGGAGAUGAGGAGGAGAGGUGGGGCUCUGGAGGAGAGGAGAGGAGGAGGAGAGGAAAGGUGGAGCUCUGGAGGAGAGGAGGGGAGAGGUGGAGGAGGGGAGAGGUGGAGGAGGGGAGAGGAGGAGGAGAGGAGAGGUGGAGAAGAGGAAGAGGAGGGGAGAGGAGGAGAAGGAGCCGAGGGGAGAGAGGAGGUGCUCUGGAGGGGAGAGGACAAGGGCAGAGGAGAUGAGAGUUUGAGGCUCGGGGCAGAGGAGGAGGAGGAGGAGGAGGAGGAGGAGGAGGAGGAGGAGGAGGAGGAGGAGGAGGAGGCGGUGGAGGAGGAGGAGGAGGAGGAGGAGACAGAUAGACGUUUAUUUAUUCAAGAGCAUAGCACAGGGUCAGAGCGGCUGUGUCCAAACAGCAGCAGUAUCUGA